AAAAAUUUUUAAAAAUAAAUAAUAAUUUUUUUUUCUCUUUCACCAUCACAUUCAUCUGCUUCUCCUCAGACUCCUCCCAAUCCUCCAUCACUAACAAGUUGGCAUUCAGAAGAGGCUCAUCGUGCUGCAUCCUGUCUGUAUUCAUGAAUUUCCCAGGGGGAUGACGAUGCUGUGUUAAGAUUCAGACGUUGAUGAUUGUAGGUGUGUUUAUGAUUCAAUGUGCAUGGAGUUCUAGAGGUUAUGAUUUCUGAUUAAUUGGUUGGAUAACAGCACGAGAUGAUUGGAAUAACAUUGUCGAAUGGAUCGCUUAGAACUGCUAAAUGUUGUUCUAGUGGCUUUUCAAGCUCAUAUCCUGACCGCAUUUCGCAUUUCGGUGUCAAGUGGCAUCCUGUGACUCGCAAUAGAUCUUCAAUUCAGGAAAGAAAACUGUCUUGUCCAGAUGGUUGGAAUUACAAAUCAAGGCCUGUUGUUUCCACCAGAGUGGGUGAUGGAAAUUCGUCAGGGAGGAAUGAAGCUCUAGACAUUGAUGAAAAUGAACUCUUGGCAACUAGGAAAGCCCUUGCUGAGGCUCGAGCCAGACAAGAAGCUGUUGAGAAGGAGAGAGAUCGUUUGCUCGAAGAGUUGGCUCGAUCUGAGGCUAAACAGAGGGAUUAUGUAGAUGCUAUUAGGCAUGAUAAGGAGAUGGCCAUUUCAGAACUUGAGGCAGCGAAGUCCAUGUUUAAUCAGAAACUAGAGCAGUCUGUAGAGGAGAGGUUCAACUUGGAGUCUAAGCUGGUCCUUGCAAAACAAGAUGCCAUUGAGCUUGCAGUGCAAGUUGAGAAGUUGGCAGAGAUUGCUUUCCAGCAGGCAACCUCUCACAUUUUAGAAGAUGUGCAGCUGAGAGUUUCAGCUGCUGAAACAUCUGCUGCUGAGGCAGCUUAUCAGAUUGAGGAACAAAUACGGAAUGCUACAGAAGGUACCAUAUUUUCUAUCAUCCAGCAGUCUAAAGAUGCCUUAGAGAAGGCUCUGGCUGUGGCAGAAUCGGCUGGUGACCAUACAAGAAAAGCCAUGUCAGCGUUUACAGAUGACAUGAGUUCUGUUGAACAUCUCACAUCUAUCCAGUCUCAAAAUGUUAAGUUACAAACUGUUGUUAAUGAUUUGGAAUCUCAGUUAUUGAUAUGUAAAAAUGAGGUUGAAAGGCUAAAAUUAGACUUUGAAACGGUGAGCCAACGUGCAGUUGCACUUGAAAACCAGGCAAAUGAUGCUGAGAAAGCACUGCAUGCAUUUCAGGAAUCAAGUAGAAAAACAGCCAUACAGCAGGAGCAGGAAAUCAACUCCUUAUUGGAGAAAAUGAAAAAGGAAACUGCAGAAAAAAAGAGAGCAGCUUCAAAGGCCUUUAAAAAUGAACUCGAGAGUAUUAAGGCUGCUAUUGAAGCAGCAAAAGAAACAUCUCGUUCCCAAGAGGAAGCAUACAUGCGAAGAUGUGAUGCAUUGCAGAGAUCUUUGAAAGCAUCUGAAGCUGCUUCAAAGAUGUGGAGGCAAAGAGCAGAACUGGCUGAAGCUUUGUUAUUGAAUAAGACUUUGUCUGAAGGAGAGGAUGAGGAUGCUAUUUUUGUUGGUAGUGGUGGAAGGAUCAACUUACUGGUGGAUAAUGAUUCACAGAAAUGGAAACUUUUAAGUGAUGGUCCUCGAAGAGAUAUACCUGUCUGGAUGGCACGGAGGAUAAACUCCAUCUGUCCCAAGUUUCCACCUAGGAAGACAAAUAUAUCAGAAGUUAUGGCUUCAAGGUUUAAAUCUCUGCAAUUGCCUAAACCUGAUGAAGUAUGGUCAAUUGCCCAAGAAAAGCCAAAGGAAGGAGACAUACUCAUUGAACAUGUGAUUGAAAAAGAAGUCAUUGAGAAGAAAAGAAAAUCUUUGGAACGUGCUCUUCAAAGGAAGACGAUUAAAUGGCAAAGAACUCCAGAAGAAACAAAAUUAGAACCAGGAACAGGUACCGGACGUGAGAUAGUGUUUCAAGCUUUUAAUUGGGAAAGUUGGAGAAGGCAGUGGUAUCUUGAGCUUGCUCCUAAAGCUGCUGAUUUGUCACGUUCUGGUGUGACAGCAGUGUGGUUUCCACCACCGACAGAAUCUGUUGCUCCACAAGGUUACAUGCCUUCUGACCUUUACAACUUGAAUUCUGCUUAUGGUUCUGUAGAUGACUUAAAGCACUGUAUAGAGGAAAUGCAUAACCAAGACCUUCUGGCCUUGGGAGAUGUUGUUUUGAAUCAUCGGUGUGCUCAUAAGCAGAGUCCAAAUGGUGUCUGGAACAUCUUUGGAGGCAAGCUAGCAUGGGGACCAGAAGCGAUUGUUUGUGAUGAUCCAAAUUUCCAAGGGCGUGGAAAUCCUUCUAGUGGUGAUGUCUUCCACGCUGCACCAAACAUAGAUCAUUCACAAGAUUUUGUACGGAAAGAUAUAAAAGAGUGGCUGAACUGGCUGAGAAAUGAUAUUGGUUUUGAUGGGUGGCGUCUUGAUUUUGUGAGAGGUUUUUCUGGUGGCUAUGUGAAAGAGUAUAUUGAAGCUUCAAACCCUGCCUUUGCUAUUGGAGAGUAUUGGGAUAGUCUUGCUUACGAAGGUGGUAAUUUGUGUUACAAUCAAGAUGCUCACCGGCAACGCAUAGUUAACUGGAUUAAUGCGACUGGUGGUACCUCCUCAGCAUUUGAUGUCACGACAAAGGGUAUACUUCAUUCUGCGUUGCAUAACCAGUACUGGAGGUUAAUUGAUCCUCAAGGAAAACCAUCAGGAGUAAUGGGAUGGUGGCCUUCACGUGCAGUAACAUUUUUAGAGAAUCAUGAUACCGGAUCAACACAGGGUCAUUGGCCCUUUCCACGAGAUAAGCUCACUCAAGGAUAUGCAUAUAUAUUGACCCACCCUGGAACACCUGUGGUGUUCUAUGAUCAUUUCUAUGAUUUUGGAAUCCGGGACAUCAUAACUGAGUUAAUUGAGGCACGGAGGCGAGGUGGAAUCCAUUGUCGAAGCCCUGUGAAGAUUCUUCACGCAAACAAUGAUGGGUAUGUUGCCCAGGUUGGAGAUUCUGUGGUGAUGAAGCUUGGCCAUUUUGAUUGGAACCCUUCAAAGGAAGUUUACCUAGAUGGGACAUGGCAGAAGUUUGUUGACAAGGGCUCAGAUUAUCAGGUGUGGUUGAGGCAAUAAUAAUACUACAAAACCAACAGUUAGAGAGUACAGAGACAUGUGUUUUCUCCUCCCCCCAAUAAGGCAAUAAUGUUGCUACUUCCCAAUCUACUGCAACUUCAAAUUGUUGAUAAAUAUAUCUUAUUCAAUAUUUUAUUAAAAUAAGAUAAAAUUUAAACUUAUCAUACUUUUGACUUA